AAAGACUUAGAUAUUGGAGGUGUUUCUGUCGAAAGUUUAGCAAAUGCGGGAGGCACAAUUAGUAAAUUGAGCGGAGCGGAGCGGAGCAAUAGAGCUCUAGAAGCGCACGCAUGUUAUUUCCCACUAUGUCCGUUUAUUAUGGAAAUGGAUGUCGGAAAUAUCCCAAUAGACUUGGAUCCUAUAAAGAAUGGACAUGAUGUUUGUGGAUCUGGUGGUUCGCCAAUGGAUUGGGAAUUUGUCGAUCCAAAUUAUACGACAUAUGAAGACAGAUUAGCAUCAUUUAAUUCAAACGAGGAAUUAUUUCGGGUAAAUAUAAGACAAUUGGCUGAAGCCGGCUUUCAUUAUAUAGGUCCUGGCGAUCGCGUAAAAUGUUUUUAUUGCUUUGGAGGAGUCAACUCGUUUAAUGAUGGAGACGAUCCGUGGGUUCAACAUGCUGGCGUUUUCCCACAUUGUCAAUUUGUCAGACAAGAGAAAGGGCAAACUUUCAUUAACGAUUCUGUCAAUUUUGUUCGCGAAUCAAAUAUUAAACUUAUUACAAUUUCAAAUUGGAUGAGAGCUCCGUUUGUGCGCCAUAUGCUUGAUUCAAAAAUUCAUUCUAAAACUAAAAUUUUGGAAGUGAUGAAUGAAAAAUGGAGCCGAGAUCGCAAACCGUUUACAUCGUUUGCUCAGUUAUAUGAUGCCUGCUUUGACAAAUAUGGUAAAUUAGAACCAAUCAAAGAGUAUUCAGAUGAGACCAAUAACUUAAUGUUGUGCAAAAUCUGUUUUGAAAAUAAUUUGAAUACUGUAUUAUUUCCUUGUUGCCACCAAAUCUCAUGCCAAUACUGUGCUAAAGAACUUAAAACAUGUCCAAUUUGCCGCUAUCCCGUUCAAACAUUUCUUAAAACGUUUUUUUAA